AUGUCUGAUUUAGGUAGAAGAGAUAUCGGUGACAAACUCGAAAGCAAAGUUAAACCAGAUUCACAAAAAUCGCUUUUUGAACAAACUAAAGAUAAGAUAGCCAAUGCUGCUGAUGAUUUGGCUGGUAAAGGUACUUCAGAAAAUGACAAGUCAAUUCCUCAAAAGGCUUCUGACACUGUCUUUGGCAGUAAAUGA